AUGGAUUUGUCCUCAGAGCCACGCUCACUCAAGCGUCAACGCUCUCCCUCUCCUGCUCCUCCGCCGAGGCACGCGCAGACGCAGCUUCCACACUUCCACGAGCUCAACACCAAGCAGCAGCGACAUCCUCAGCCGCUUCCACACCAUCACCAUCCUCACUCGGCACGCAACGACGACGCGGAAUCCUACUCCCGCUCCAUUCAUUCGCGAUCUCACUCGUCGGCUUACUCGCAGCAUCAUUCGGACUCGGAACGCGAAGAUCACGACAUUGACGCUGCUGCUCCUUCCCCGCGACAAGCAAGAUCCCCCUAUGCUACGAGUGACCUGCGCGGUUCUCCAUCCAUCGCGCUCGACCACACCGCCUCGCCCUCUUCACGUACCCAUCCACUCAUCGCUCCUCGGCCUGCACCGUCCGCAGCAUCUGUCACUUCUGCAAGUGCAUCUUCAGCACGCUAUCUUGGUCAGCACCAUCAUGUCAUUGGCCACGCUUCAACGCCCUACUCUGGCUUAGUCCAUCCCUCUUCGCAUCCCUAUCCGGCCACGUCGUCCUCUCGCCACAACAACAACGACGCCACCUCUUCACCCUCCGCGCCCCAAUCCCAUCGACCGCGCUCGCCGCUACAGCAUCCAACUGAAGCUGCCCCGUCGACCCCAUCCCAGUCUUCAGCCAAACCAGCCCGCGCUCUCACCACUCUCGGCUCGUCGCACCUCUCAGAUCUCAAGAGUGACCUUGCCUCCAUCAUUUCACCACAUCAGCGCGCAUCAUCCAGCCCCUCAUCUCAAUCUCCUACCAACUCCGGCCGUAACAUGGACGCCCCAGCCUCGGUAAGAAGAGAUGAUACUCUCAACGCCUCGUCCGCCGAGCCUCCGGGCUCAGCUUCCUCGACGCCUCAAGUCAAAAAGGAGCACCCUUCGACACCCUCUGAAAAGCCGCGUGGUGGCCAGGCUUGCCUUGAAUGCCGUUUGGCCAAAGUCCGAUGUCUACCUUCAGACGACGAGGGGAGUUGUCAGCGAUGCCAGCGCUUCAGUUUUGAGUGCCUCUUUGUCCAGCACAAGCGCGGCAGGAAACCAAAGAGCAAGCUCCAAGGUCGUGAUCUCACACUGCUGGCAGAAGCUGCCUACGCCACCAACGCGUCCCCGGUCCAACAAAACGCUCGUCUCGGUGCACGCAAAUCCGCCUCAGCAAGCAGCAUCACAGCGUCUGCCACCAAUCCAGUCAAGACCGGGUCUGCCUCUUCCGCCGCUUCUCCCGGGGUGCGAUGGAGCUCGGCUCCCGACAGCGCCUUUCCUGCACCUCCCUAUUCAGCGGAUCACAACGGCAUGGCAGCUCCCUAUGCGGAUGCGCGGCAGAGCAUGGACCUGGACGAGGACACACGACGUGCUGUCUCUCCAACUUCGGGGUUCUUCUCCAAGAAACAGCCCCUGUCUGCCUUUGCACCUCCACCCGACAGUCGCAAUGCUCUCGACCCCAAAAACCUUUUUGGCGUAGACGUCAGACGCAUGACCCAAGCCAUGCAGCAGGCGAUGCGUUCUCUGGAGAGGAGGAGAGGCGCUCCGUACACGCUCGUCACCAACAACAUGAUCACCAGCGUCGAAGGCAACGACGACGAUGCCAACAGCGAAUUAGGUGCAACCCCUCCGCCUCCAGGCACCACUACCGCCGCCGACACAAACGCUGCCAAUGAAAGCUUCGAGCUCAUUGCCGAACAGCCCUUGACACUGCGCGUCAUGCUCAAACCGUUCGAGGUCUCGGACCAGCCCGAUUGCGGAACGCCUGGCAUUGUGGCCGACGACCGCAAUCCGCUGGCUACGCAGUGCACCCAGCCCAAAUUCGACGAUCCUAUCACUGAAGGCAUCCUCACCGAGCCGGCAGCACGGGCGCUCUUCGACCUCUUCAUGCACGACUGCAAUGCGUGGAGCGGCGUGUUCGAUCCGUCGCUGCAUACACACGACUUUGUGAGGAAGCGAUCCUCAUUUCUCUACACCGUGCUGCUCUACGUCGGAUCGCGAUACUCGAAAAGGCCAGCGGCUCAGCAUCUCAUAAUGCGCGCGCAACGCAACGAGCAUGUCCCGGAAAGCGACUGGGACCUUGCCUAUGAAGAUCCGUUGACGGAUCGGAGUCCGAAGGCAGCCGAUGAGUAUGCACUGCAAAUCCGGCGUCGCAUCCACGACCAGGCGCGCCAGCAUGCUGCGAGUGCCUUUGUCGAUGGCGAUCGCACUGUGCUGUGCUGCCAGGCGUUCUUCAUCCUCGCCAGCUGGAAGCCGCUUGACGACGGUCUCAGUGUCAUUCAAGUUGGCUAUGCCUUCCGUCUGGCGAUGGACAUCCAGCUUCACGCCGAGAUGCCCAGCUGUGUCAAGCCAAACGAGUCCACCUUGGACCAGGCAGGGCGACAGCGGUACGAAGCGGUGCAAAGACGAUUCCGCAAUCGACAGAGGACGUUUCUCAUGCUCUUUGUGCAGGACAAGUCGCAGCAGAUCUCGAACAAGAUCACGACUCACUCGAUUUCGGCCGACAACGUGCUCAUCCGUCGAUGUCAGACGUGGUGGAAGAACGAUGGCUCGAUUCCUACGGAUGCCUUUGUUUGCGCAUCGACCGAUCUGCGCCGCAUUCAGGGCAAAUAUGUCGAGCUGUACGAUCGCAUCGAGGCGCUCACCUCGGCGACGUCGGAUGGACCCAGCAUCAUGAUGCCUGCCUUCCUCUCGGACCUGUACGAGUGGAACGCACGCUGGCACGAAGCGCUCGGCUUGCGCGAGGAUGCGGCGGACGAAGAGGCGCAGCCCGACGAUCCCGUCGCGUAUCAGCGUCGAUGCCAGCGUCUAUGCCUCAAGCUGUGGAAGGAUAACAUCAAGACGUAUGUCUCUUCGCUCGUGCUCAAGUCGAGCCUCAAGCAGGCGGCUCUGCAGGAGCACCAGGAGAUUGUGCGCAACCACCAUCGGCGCUCCACGACGCGAGAGAAGGAGGAGCGCGACUCGGUCUCGGGCAGAUCGCACCUGUCGAGCGGCCUCGACCCAGGGAUGGUGAAUCUCAUGGCCAUGCCUGCCUUUUGGCCGUGUGUCGAGGGGGCGCGAGGUGUGCUGGAGACUCUGUGUGCUCUCCCGCCGCAACGGCUGCUCUCGGCGCCGGACGCAACGAUCAUGCAGACGACGCAUGCAGCCGUGCUGCUGUGCAGUCUGGCUACCGUCAAGUCGCAGCCGCCGCUCGGGCCGGGGUAUUUGCGGUCCAAUAUUCAGCUGAUCGAUCAGACGAGUGCUGCAUGCCGCCGAGCUAGCAUUACAGAGGAGGAUACGGUGUUGCAUGUUGCCAAGUAUCUCGAGUCGCUGUUGCGGCCCAGGAAUGCUGUGCCUAGGCACGCUGCUGGAGCCGGGGCCGACCGACGGAGCGCGGGUAAGGCGAGCCAUGGCGCACCGGCUGGAAAGGCCGGGAAUGCGGGUGAGAGCGCCACGGCGUUGGGUGGGCAGAGCUCGCUAUUCGGCAACGCCAACGGAGGUGGUGGUAGUGCAGCGUUCGGGUCCGGUGGUAAUGGCGGCGGUGCCGGUGGCAACGGAAACGACGGUGUGGGUGCGUUGAACGGCGGAGCGAUGGCGGGAGGGGCCACUUCCACUUUGGGUGGAAGCGGGUUUGCGCAGUCGACCAACUUUACGCUGCUCUCGAACAACACCGACAUGUUUUACUCGGGCAACAUCUCUGGCGCACAGACGGCCAGCGGUGCACCGGCAAGAUGGUUCAACGGCGGGAGCGCAAACUCAACAGCAGGUGCGGCGCCUGGGCAGGACAAUGGUGGAGGGCUGUUUUUCAACAAUGGCAGCAGCUUUGACAGGGAAGGGUUGGACGCGAUCGCGGCCGCGGCAGCGGUAGCGCAACAGAACGGUGGCACGGGCGCUACGGGCAUGGACAUGGCCGGAGUCGGCUGGUCGUCGACCAUGGGGCAUCCGCCGCCGUGGAACAGUCUCAUGUUUAGCGGUGGCAGUGGUGGACAAGGGGUCGGCGAGUAUGCGGGCAACGGUGGUGUGUUUCAGCAGCAGCAGCAGCAGCAGCAGCAGCAGCAGCCGGCGGAACCACAGCAGUACAAAGAUCCAGCGGACGAGACGCUGAGAAUGUUGUUGCGCUUUUUGGAUGGCUAG